AUGGGGCUGAUAGAGACUGGCCUGAGGUCAUUGAGUGACUGUGGACUGGAAGUUUCGGGGAUGGGGGCCACACAAAGCUUUGAUCUUAGCAUACCUCAAGCUGUUGGCCAGCUUGAGGUGGUGUAUCUUGUCCGGCCAUUCCCGAAUUAUAACACCUACCAGCCAUUCCCGAAUUAUAACACCUACCAGCCAUUCCCGAAUUAUAACACCUACCAGCCAUUCCCGAAUUAUAACACCUACCAGCCAUUCCCGAAUUAUAACACCUACCAGCCAUUCCCGAAUUAUAACACCUACCAGCCAUUCCCGAAUUAUAACACCUACCAGCCAUUCCCGAAUUAUAACACCUACCAGCCAUUCGCUCGGGAAAUCACCAUUGUCAAGAAUUUUGUUGAAUAA